AUUCAAUUAGUCGCUGCAAGAGACUCGUUCGGUAAACAUGAGAUUAUUGGCUGUGAUCGCGAUCGUGUUCUGCGUUUUGAGCGCCAAGCCGCUCGAAACGCAAAGUGCGAAGAUUUUGGCUACGCUGCCGUUUCCGGGUCGAUCUCAGUACAUUUUUGUGGAGACCUACUUGAAAGCCCUGGCAGCCAAGGGUCACCAGGUGACCGUUAUCAAUGCCUUUAAGAACAAGGAGACCCCAAACAUGCGCUUCAUUGAGGCCCUCGGAGCGCACAAAUACGCAGAAGAGAUGAUGAGUUUGCUGAAUGUGCCUCUAUUGUGGCAGCAGCUCAAUGCCAUGGAUUACAUAUUGGACAAAUUCAUCGAGACUACACUGGAUGACGAGGGUGUCAAGAAGCUACUAAACUCUGGAGAAACUUUUGAUCUGGUCUUGGCAGAGAUGCUUCACAUGGAACCGAUGUACGCUUUGGCUCAGCAUUUUAAUGCCACUUUAGUAGGAUUCUCCAGCUUUGGAACUGAUAGCACAAUUGAUGAGGCUGCUGGCAAUAUAUCACCCAUAUCAUACAACCCCUUAGUGACCUCGCCGCGAACAGAUCGAAUGACCUUUCUGGAGCGCUUGGAAAACCACUAUGAUGUUAUUGUGGAGGAGGUUCAUCGGCACUUAGUUCACCUGCCACACAUGAGGGAGGUUUACAAAAAGUAUUUCCCGAAUGCAAAGAAAACCAUGGAGGAAGUCAUGGACAGCUUUUCGUUAAUUCUUCUGGGUCAGCACUUUUCCCUGAGCUAUCCGCGACCCUAUUUGCCCAACAUGAUUGAGGUUGGAGGUAUGCAAAUCUCGCACAAGCCCAAACCGCUGCCAGAAGACAUUAAACAGUUUAUUGAGGAUUCACCACAUGGCGUUAUAUACUUCUCCAUGGGCUCCAAUGUGAAGAGCAAGGAUCUGCCACAGGAAACUCGAGAUACGCUGCUGAGGACCUUUGCCAAACUGAAGCAGCGAGUGCUGUGGAAAUUCGAAGAUGACAAUAUGCCUGGAAAGCCUGCGAAUGUGUUGAUCAAGAAAUGGUAUCCCCAGCCGGAUAUACUGGCUCAUCCCAAUGUAAAGUUGUUCAUCAGCCACGGUGGUCUGUUGAGCAGCACCGAAAGCGUUUACUUUGGCAAGCCGAUUCUGGGAUUGCCGUGCUUCUACGAUCAGCACAUGAACGUGCAGCGUGCCCAGCGAAUGGGUUUCGGAUUGGGUUUGGAUCUGAACAACCUGAAGCAAGAGGAUCUGGAAAAGGCCAUCCAAACGCUGCUCACGGAUCCCAGUUAUGCCAAAGCAGCCUCAGCCAUUUCCGAGCGAUAUCGUGAUCAACCGCAACCAGCCGUCGAUCGAGCUGUCUGGUGGACGGAAUAUGUGAUCAGGCACAAUGGUGCUCCCCACCUGCGAGCAACUUCCCGCGACCUUAACUUCAUUCAACUCCACAGCUUGGACACUUUGGCUGUGAUUGUGGCAGUACCUCUACUAGUCGCCCUGAUAAUCCUAAAGUUAUCUUGUAAAUUACUUGGGGGCAAGAAACAGAAGUGCCCACAUGCUGAUAAGCUUAAGAAACAUUAGAGGCUAUGUGUAUGUAUUUGUUUGUUGUUUACAGUUUUAAGAGCCUAGUUUUCUUAUCAGACUUAUCUAGUAAUACUAUCACUGAAAUUAUAUUUCUUAUUGCCUAA